AAUCUGGUGACUCGUGAAAUCUUGCGUCAAUGUGAAUCGAUGAUUGGUUGAUGAUUUACGAGAGAAUCAGCUGUGUGCAUUGACACCAUUGCUGGGACCGUGACACUUGGAUCUUAAUUUUAUUCAUACAAUAGAGAGUAUUGCGAAAGGAUACGUAAAGCCGUCAAAGAAUUCCUGGCCUCGUGACUCUUGGCGUCCCUUAACCUUCUCGAGACACUCCGUGUAAGACAGCGUGAAUGACGUGGAAGCAAGAUCUGAUAAUACAGAUAAUAUCUGUACCGGUGUAACACUUAAUAAUGAUUUAUCAAUCGAGUCAUCAAGCACCGACAAUGUCUUCUUCGCGAAAAACCUCACCAAGACCACAACACCGUACUCUAACCUCGAAGUCGUCUUCCUCGAUGCCCACUAAGGGAAAGCGCGGCGCCGACAGGACGGCGACGACUGCCGAAAAGUGCCGAGGAAGAUGCAGAGUCGAAUGGAGUGAAAAACACGUAAAGGAGGGAUUGGUGCUUGUACAGGAGGCCCAAUUGGCCAGAGUCGUGAAAACUGGACCAAUUUCGGAAUAUUAUGAAAUCGAUCAGAAACCUUUUGCAAGCGGACAGUGGGCCAGGGUGUACAGAUGUCGAUCGAGAUCCACAGGGAUUCUGUAUGCAGCUAAAUACUCAUCGAGAAAUCGAUUCAAUUCCGAUUGCAGCGCCGAGCUGCGUCACGAAAUUGCACUUUUGUCUCUGUGCUCGCAGAGUCCUCGUGUCGUCAGGCUCCACGACGUCUAUGAGACACCAAAGGAAAUUAUACUCGUUAUGGAAUAUGCACCCGGAGGUGAUCUGCAGACUCUAAUUGACGGGGACUUGGUGCCGCUCGAAGGAGACGUUGUACAUUUUGUCAGACAACUGGUGGAAGGGUUGGCCUACCUGCACGAGAGAAAUAUAGCUCAUCUUGAUAUUAAGCCACAAAAUCUCGUUAUGAUGGGCAGCUUCCCCGAGUGCGACGUAAAGCUAUGCGAUUUCGAGAUAUCCCGUGUUAUCCUCGAGGGUACAGAAGUCAGGGAGAUUCUGGGCACUCCCGAUUACGUGGCUCCUGAAAUUCUUCAUUACGAACCGAUAACGCUGGCUGCCGAUAUGUGGUCCCUGGGUGUUACCACUUACGUUCUGCUCACGGGAUUUUCACCAUUCGGAGGUGAAACCGAUCAAGAAACCUUUCAGAAUAUUUCAAUGGGCGAAGUUGAUUUCCCUGAGGAAUUGUUCGAAGAUGUGUCUGCGCAGGCUAAGGAUUUCGUAGCGAAGCUUCUUGUGCCGGACCCGAGUGCACGAAUUACAGCGAAACAAUGCCUGCGUCAUGAAUGGCUGAGGGGGGCACCUACUCAGGCGUCACCUCAUCUCAGAAGAUAUCUUUCAAAGUCGAGGGAAGUCUUAUUGGAGCGUGUCGUUAGCCGUGAGAAUUUAAGAAGAGCCGCACUUCUAAGUCAGGCAACGAGUCACGCCAAUCUUAUGGAGUCUACUCGGAAUCACAAUCGGAUUCAGACUGAGAGUCAUAAUGGGAAUCAGGGUCUAUAUUGUAACUUGAGUCAGAGUGAGAUGUGCUUGAGCUAUGGACUCGCCGGAAGUCGCGCCAGUUUACCAGGAAGCGAGGAGCGCAUGAGUCCGGCUGAGUCUCGGACGAGUCUCGAUUCAUCUCGAAAUAGCAUUGCACUGAGCCAGAGCUGCCUGCUCAAUAAAGAGCAAACUCAAGGACUGCUUGAUCAGGCUCAGAGCAAGUCUCAGGCUAAUCUUAAUCAUGGUCCUAGUCGCGGAUUGUUAUCCAGGAUGCGUAACCUUAAUCAUACACAAUCCCAGGCAUGUUUACUGAACAGUCUGAGUAUUGCUACGGAAAAACAUAUAAUGAAUCCUUUCUUUAGUAGAUCUAGGGAGAAACUUUAUGGGUUGAAGUCUCUAUCCAAGUCACAGGGUGUUUUGGAUAUCUAUAGAAGCCUGGAGUGUCUUCGUCAUAGGAAAAAUCCGAGAACACCCACGGAAGACAUGCUACCGAUUUUUAAGCAAUUGAGCGUCGAGAUUGCUGCGUCCACAGCAUCCCUAACUGAACUCGCGACUGUUGCGAAUGACAAUUUUAUUUUUAGAAAGGCAAAAAUCGCCGAUUCCAGGCCUCAGGAUGAUGGCUCCGUAUCCUCCGACGUGUCUUUGAACAAUGCUUUCGGGAAGGAAGUAAAGAUUGAUAAAUGUUACGGAAAUGAUGAAAUUCUUGUGCAGCAAAGAAAGUCAGGCAAUGAGUCGGUAAUAAAUGAGACCAAUACAGAUAAAUUACAAAAGGGAUCAAAUGAUAUUUCCUCCAACGAUGAGAAUCAUAAAACUCAUUCCUAUGAAUCUGAAGAGAAUCUUGAUUCUCUUCAAUCUAUCGAAUCGGAUACUUUGACCGAGGACUCGGACGAGACUGAAUUAGAGAGAAGAUCUUUGUUAUCUGUAAAGCAACCGUCUCAGAGACAGCAUUCGGAUAUAUCGAGUCAUUCAAAUAAUUCCGCCAAUUCUGACGAGAAGGAUGAGCAUUCGGAAUCGGAGAACGAUGAGCCAAAGUAUACAGUUGCCCAGUUGGUAUCUGCGUUUAAUAAGCACCAGGAAGUCGCCUCAAAGACAAGCUUGGAAGCUAUUAUGAGCGAGAAGCGUAUCAACGAAGUCAUGUUUCCAACUGGACCAAAAGCAUUGAGACUGUUUAUACCGGAUAUCAAUAUUACUGAGAGCAGUAUAGUCAGAAGGAAGACCAGCUACAAGCCCAGGAAGAAUUGGGAGGAAUUAAGGAAGAGAAGCGAGAAGAAUGAGGGUAUCCUUAAGGAUUUUGAUAACGAUUCUGGGAACGAGGAUGACGAUGAGAAUGUUGAUGGUAUUGAGAGGACUGGUACUGAAUCGAAGAAAAUAUCUAGCGAGGAUAUUGACUCUGAGGUAAUAUUAAAAGAAUCAAACAUAAAUGUAACAGUCGAAGAUAAAGCAAAGCAACUGAUAGAAACGAAGGAAGACAAGGACGACAGUCAGAAAGGUCAAAAUGAGGAACUUUCAAAAUCUCCAUCGACUUUUUCACGACAGACAAAGAAUUUGAUCUCCGAUCCUAAAGAAAGAGUAGCUAAUUACAUAUUUCCAGAAUUGACAUUAACGACAAAGGAGGAAAAGGUCGAUUCCUCAAAGGAGCAACAAAAAAACGGAUCCAAGAUAAAAAAAGAACGAACGAAGCCACUGUCGAAAACUAACAGUGGCGUGAACCUGAGAGACAUUCUCCAAAAAGUAGACAAUUCGCAAACGUCACCCAAGGAAAAUAUGGAAAAUUUAAGAAAGAGAACAUCCAUCACAAAAAUCAUUAUUAAUGACAGUCUCUCGCUAGAUAACGACAGCAACAAUAAUGGUGCGAGUUCGUCCAUCUCUCGAGCAAAAAGUGAACUACCGUCAAUCGAAGGUAACAAAAAUCAAGGUAAUCAAAUAAAUUUAGAAAUUCCACCGUCAUUCAUAAGAUCAUCAUCGUUAUCAAGUGAAAGUAGCUGUCCAACUCCAUCCAGUGUCCAGUCAGACCUAGGUACAUCCUGGGACGACGUACAGCCCCAAGUAUCAAGCACCUUAGAGAAAGAAGAAAUUAAAUCGCGAAGGAUACCAUUGUGGGAUAAAAACGAGCAACAGAAGGUUCAACAUUUAGAUAACAAAAAAUGUUUAAAUAUGACAGCAGAAGAGAGAAAGACAUGGGGUAAGGUCUGUACCGGUUCGUAUACAAGAGCUAUGGAAAAAUUUAACGGAAAAGGCGCAGAAUCCAAUAGAAAAUCUUUAAACUCUUUAUCGACGCCAAAACUAAAUGAGAAAAAAAGAAGGAAAAGUAGUCCUGCGAUGCCGCAGCUAAUUGAUCCUUGAAUUAGACAAGGUCCGGUAAGACUGACUCUGGCCAACAAGAAGCCCGGAUCUGUAGAUUAGGAUCAAGCAAACGUAGAGCGAGUGACUCGAAGGACAAUGCAGGAUGAUUCAAGUGAUGCAGUGUCAUUGUACGUCAUUGCCACGUGGCGGUACGUGGCUAACAGUAGGGAAACAUGAGUCGCACUAGAUUUUUCAAACGCCUAACACAAAACGGUAACCUAUCAUUAGCAUCCUACUAACCUUUGUCUCUAGUUGUACAAGGUGCUAGAUCAUGAUUUAUCGCUUAGCCUUAUCCUUGGAGUAAGCUCCGUAUUCGGCGCGGCUAACGAUUCUUCGUAUUUUUUUUACUCUUCCAUUCCCUUUUUUCACUUUAUUAUUUUUCACUUCUAUCCUCCAUUUGUUAUCCGUCGGAAUGGAACUUGUUGAGAUCCAGAGCGACGAAUAAGAAUAUUGAGGAAUUCUAAUGAGGUUGAUGACGAUGAUGAUGCCUGAGUAGUUCUAUAGACAAUUUCCUAGGUCGUCUAUGACAAAUUCCUUUUUUCCAAGUAAAAUGGAUUAUUCAUCUCGCUAAUUGCGUCCUCCGAAUGCAGCUGUUAGAUCCUCGUUAAAAGUUGAUUUUAAAAUAGCGCGUGAUACGGAGCAGAGUGCGUAGGUAUUAUUUAAAUAGAUUCCUUCUUUCACUUUUUUUUUUGCUCACAUAACGGAAUCGCACGAAUCAUGAUUCCAAGUAAUUAUCCAAUCUUGCUGGGUAUCAUGCCUUUUUCUGCUUUUGGGAAACAGCGGUGCCCUAAAUGGUUUCUUGGCCAUUAGUAUUGUCACAAAUUUUAAAUACUUCCAGGAAUGCUCGCGCACUGCAGGUAAAGCACAAUGCGUAAGACCUUGCAACCAUUUACUGGAUGCUGUUUUUCUUCGUCUUGCAGGUAUAAUAUUAAGAGGUGCUCCGCGCACUAGAAUCCUUAGAGUAAUCUAAUGACUAACUACGAAGGAAAUUUAUGGGAAUAAAAAUAACAGAAAAUUAUGACUGUCGAUAAGUAAUUUACAAUCAGAGAGAAUUUAAGUGUAAGACUAUUUAUGUAAAUAUAUGAUUAUCUCGAAAGGAAGGUAUAAUGAAGGAAAAUCUUUGCACAAUGGCAAAUGUUUUAUUAUAAUAUAAAACGAAUUGAUAUUUGUUAUAUUCGAAUGAACGAUCGUAAUCGUCUCGUAUAGCCGAUAGAAUAAAAUUGUGCCGAAAUUA